GUGUCAUCUACACUACAGAUUUGUUGGACCGAGAGACGCAGGACUCCUAUUGGUUAACUGUGUACGCCACUGAUCUGGGAGUGGUCCCACAGUCAGCAGCACUGCAGGUGUACAUACAGGUUGAGGAUGUUAACGAUAACGCUCCCCUCACGUCUGAACCGAUGUAUCAUGCCACCAUUCCGGAAAACUCCCCAAAGACCAGUCAGUCAUUCAGAUCCAGGCCGCAGGACCCUGACGCCACGACAACUGAGCCCCGCCUGUCAUUUCGGAUCUCCAGCGGCAACCCGCAGAACUUCUUCAGCAUCAACCCACGCACCGGUCUGAUUACCACAACCUCACGGAAACUGGAUCGUGAACAACAGGCCGAGCACGUCCUGGAGGUGACUGUAUCAGAUGGUGGUCCUUCUCCCAGACACACUACAGUAUGGGUGGAGAUUCAAGUGUUGGAUGUUAACGAUAACAAACCAACGUUUCCAGAGAAGAUGUACCAGGUCCGUUUACCCGAGCGCACCCGUAAACAGCGAGGCGCUCCGAUAUAUCGGGUGUUCGCCUACGACCAAGACUUGGGCGCCAAUGCUGAACUCUCCUACAGCAUCAUUGAUGGCAACGAGGAUGGGAAAUUUGUAAUCGAUGCCAAAACCGGUGUGGUUUCAUCGCCCAAGAAACAGUUCACAGCUGGAACCUAUGAUAUUCUUACCGUGAAGGCUGUGGAUAAUGGGCGUCCUCAGCGCUGGACGACGGCUCGUUUGCACAUCGAGUGGAUCCGCCGUCCUCCUCCCAGCCCUGUUCCUCUCGCCUUCGACGAACAGCUUUACAAUUUCACCAUCAUGGAAACCGACAAAGUGGCGGACAUCGUCGGCGUGGUGUCCGCCCAACAGCAAGGCUCCGCCUCCUUGUGGUUUGACAUCACAGGUCCACGCUCUUUCCGUGAGAUGUUCUAUGUACUCCAGACCGCUUGUGGCAGGAACUGUUCUACAGAAGGCGGUGAUGUGGACAGUAUGUUUGACGUUGAGAAAGGCGUCGGCACUAUCGUCAUCGCUAAACCUCUGGACGCCGAACAGCGCUCGUUUUACAACCUCACUGUGGAGGUCACAGAUGGGACUAAUAUAGCAUACACUCAGGUCCACAUUUCAGUUCUGGACAACAACGACAACGCCCCUGUUUUUUCCCAGCCUACCUAUGACAUCACAAUCACAGAAGACACGCCCCCGGAUACUGAGGUGGUUCAGGUGUUGGCGUCUGACCGCGACGAGCGUCACCGUUUGACCUUUAGCCUCCAGAGCAGCGUUGACCCCAGCAGCAUGCGGCUCUUCCGCAUCGACCCUAACAGUGGAAUCAUCUUCACAGCUCGCAGACUGGACCAUGAGAGCCGGACACAGCACAUCCUCACCAUCAUGGUGAAGGAUCAAGAGUUCCCGUACAGACGUAGUCUUGCUCGUGUCCUGAUUGGUGUAGAGGAUGUGAAUGACCACGCCCCUCUUUUUACCAUGGUGAUGUAUAAUGGACAGGUGUAUGAAUCAGCGGCACUGGGAUCGGCUGUUCUCACGGUGACUGCACUCGAUAAGGACAAGGGCCAAAAUGCACAAAUCACUUACAGCAUCGACUCAGGGAACACAGGAAACACUUUCCGGAUUGAUCCUGUUUUGGGCAUCAUCUCAUUGGCUCGGGAACUGGACCUGUCCAACAUCGGUCAUUAUGUUUUGUCUGUCAAAGCAAUGGAUAACGGUUCUCCAGCAUUGUCUUCAACAGCUGUCAUCCGAAUCGCAGUCACGUUGUCAGAUAAUGCUGGUCCCAAGUUUCCCCAAAGUGAAUACCAGGCGGAAAUAUCAGAAGGUGUUGCCAUUGGAACUUCAGUCAUCACAGUGAAUGCUCUAAGUCUGUCAACCCUUACCUAUGACAUUCGCCACGGCAAUGGUCAUCGGACAUUUCGGAUCAACCAAUACAGUGGAGUGAUCACUACGCAGAAGCCUCUAGACUUUGAAACAGUUUCAACCUACAAGCUAAUAGUCACCGCAAGCAACAUGGCUGGACAGGCCUCAAAUGCUACAAUAACUGUUACAGUUCUUGACGAAAAUGAUAAUGCACCGCUGUUCCAACAGCUGCGUUACCAUGGAAGUAUCAGUGAAGGUGCCGGGCUUAACAAUGUUGUGCAGAGUGACAAUAACCAACCACUAGUCAUACGAGCAAGCGACGCUGACCGCAACCAUAAUGCCCUGUUGGUGUACCAGAUCAUGGAAGAAUCUGCCAGGCGUUUCUUUGCAGUAGAUGCUGGUACUGGGUCCAUUAGGACAAUUGCUCAGCUUGACCAUGAAACCAUACCUAGAUUCAGUUUCCAUGUUAACGUCCGAGACAGUGGACAUCCACAACUCUCAGCUGAGCAUCCUGCAGAAGUGACCAUUGAGGUGCAAGAUGUUAAUGACUGCCCGCCUAAAUUUUCCCAGGAUUCCUAUGAAGCUGUCCUUUUGCUCCCAACUUAUGAAGGUGUGGAAGCACUAAAAGUUUUUGCUACUGAUCCCGAUGGUAAUGGCCAGUCGGAGCUCACCUACUCAUUGACCGAUGGCAGCAUAGAACAUUUCAGCAUUGAGCCAAGCACUGGACUGUUGACUGUGAGAAACAGUACUUUUAGCAAAGAACGAUUUCGAUUUAACGUCCGUGUUUCAGAUGGACGCUUCUCCAGUACCGCUCUGGUUACCGUCUUGGUCCAUGAGGCUCUGGACAGUGGGUUGGCUUUUACUCACAAUACCUACAAUGCCAACAUUGAGGAGAACAAUGGUAACAUAACAACAGUUGCUGUCGUUACAGCACUAGGGAACAAGUUGAAUGAACCCCUGCGAUAUACUUUGUUGAAUGCAGGUGGGAAAUUUCGCAUCAGGCCAACAUCUGGUGCCAUUGAAACUGUUGGAGUCCCAUUGGACAGGGAAGAGAAGGAGGAAUACGGACUUCUGGUACAAGCAGGCCGUGAGGAAGACCGUCUCCGUGUUGCAAGGGCACUGGUCCGGGUUCAAGUCACCGAUGUCAACGACAAUUCUCCAGUUUUUGUUGGAUUGCCAUACUAUGCUGCUGUGCAAGUGGAAGCAGAGCCUGGGACAGCAAUAUUUCAAGUGACAGCAGUGGACCGGGACAAAGGACAAAAUGGAGAGGUGAACUAUUUUCUUCAGGAUGAACUGGAACAUUUCGAAAUAGACCGUGUGAGUGGGGAGCUUCGCCUACGGAGAGCUUUCGAGGCUGAUCUCUCCAGUGUGGAAUAUCAGGUUUUGGUGUUUGCCCGUGACAUGGGAACACCACCUCUUUCUUCUUCAGUCACCUUUCCUGUUACAGUGGUAAACAGAGCAAUGCCAGUGUUUGACCGACCAUUCUACUCAGUAAAAGUGAGCGAAGACAUACCAAUAUGGACUCCAAUUCUGGGAAUAAACGCCAGCAGCCCCGAAGGCCAGAGUGUCCUUUACACAAUCACACACGGUGACCCAGGAACACUCUUUUCCAUUGGAUUUGACACAGGUGUUGUCAGUGUCAUCACUGCCCUCGAUUAUGAGACCAGCCCUUCCCACAAACUCAUCGUCAGAGCAACAGACUGCCUCACAGGCGCUCGUGCAGAAGUGGAUGUUGAAGUUACUGUUUUGGAUAUCAACGACAACCCUCCAGUCUUCGAGCAGCCCUCGUACAAAGCUGUAAUUUCAGAAUCUGCCAUGAUUGGCACUGCAGCCUUGCAGGUUCUCGCAACAGACAGAGACUCUGAGAAAAAUGCGGCUGUCCGAUACCAAAUCAUUCCAGACCGUGCCAACAGCACUGAUCACUUCCACAUUGACAGCAGCAGUGGUCUAAUUCUAACAGCUCGCUCCCUGGACCAUGAGACCAUCCAGCGCUAUGUGUUUCUUGUCAAGGCAACAGAUAAUGGCUUUCCCCCAUUGAGCAGCGAAGUUUGGGUCACAGUCGAUGUCACGGACACAAACGACAAUGCUCCGGUGUUUAACCAACUGCUCUAUGAAGCCUCUAUCAAUGAGUUGGCACCCAAAGGGCACUUUGUUACAUGCAUCCAGGCCUCUGAUGCUGACCGUUCAGACACAGAACGCUUGCAGUAUGGCCUGGUGUCUGGAAACGAAAGGAUGCUGUUUGAGCUUGAUGCUGCCACCGGUGUCCUCACCCUGAGUGGCCAGCGGCGCAUGCAGCGCAUGCCUUCCACCAUCACCCUAAAUGUAAGCGUUUCCGAUGGAGUGUUUACCAGUACGGCACAAGUACACAUUCGGGUAGAGCGAGCUAAUCUACAUGCCCCCCAGUUCACCCAGGGCAUGUACGAGGCCGAUGUACGAGAGAACGCACCAGUGGGAUCAAAAGUCAUUGCAAUCAGGGCACAAGAUUCUGACCCUGGACCAUUUGGGGAUGUGAGGUAUGUGCUGCUCUCAGAUGCUGCUCGGGAUUUGUUCAGUGUUGAUGGCAGUGGACAAAUAACAACACUUGAACGUCUGGACCGGGAAGAACGAAGUGAGAUGGUGCUGUCCAUUGCUGCUGUGGAUGCAGGUGGCCGAUCUGGAUAUUGCAGUGUCCGGGUCAUCGUAUUAGAUGAAAAUGACAAUGCUCCACUGUUUGGCGCCUCGGACUACCAUGCAAGUGUGCGGUCCGAGGUUGAACCCGGUACCCUUGUGACGCAAGUACAAGCUUGGGAUCUAGAUCAAGGUGCCAAUGGACAGGUGAGCUAUAGUCUGUACAGCGAAGCCAGCAUGCAGGUUACUGAACUUCUGGAUAUCGACCCAGAGAGUGGUUGGGUUGUCACAAAAGGCAACUUUGCCCCUUUGCGUGGAUCUGUACUGUCAUUUUUCGUUAAAGCCUCUGAUGGCGGUGCACCAAUUAGACAUUCCCUUGUGUCUGUCUACAUACAUGUUUUGUCUGCUGAUGCCCACAUACCUUCCUUCAGCCAACCACAGUUCUCCUUUACUGUGCCAGAGGACAUGCCCAUUGGUUCCUUGGUGGGAGCAGUGCAUCUACACACCUCAACUAGCCACUCUUCCUUACCAGUGAGCUUCUCAGCAGUGAUCGGACAGACUCUAGAGAGUAACAGUGAUGGAGUGUUUGUGGUUGACAAAGAAACCGGCAUGAUCAAACUAGACAAAGCACUGGACCGAGAGCUGACAAUGGCCUAUCAUUUCAAAGUGAUGGCAAUGUUGCAGCAGGGACGUUUGGACGCAGUUUCAGCCGUAGAUGUUGAGAUCAAAGUACAAGAUGUCAAUGACAACAAACCAUCGUUUGAGUCAGAUAACUAUGAGGCAUCAGUCACUGAGGGUCUUUCUCCUGGGACUAGAAUUCUGCAAGUGCGAGCCUUGGAUCCUGAUUGGGCAGCAAACGGUCAGGUGACUUACAGUCUUGCUCCACCUGGGUUGCUUGGUGGCUCUGGUGGGGAAGACAUUGAAGAGCAUGGAGCCUACUUCACGAUUGACAGCAGCUCUGGUUGGAUAUCAACAAUGAAAGGGCUGGACCAUGAACAGAACCCAGCCCAUAGUCUCACAGUUUGGGCAUUUGACCUUGGAGAUCCUGCCAGCCAGUCAUCCUCAACAACUAUAACUAUAGCAGUGAGUGACUCCAAUGACAACGUACCACAGUUUCUUCAGCCCCGUUACUAUGGAAGUGUAUGUGAGAGUGAUGCACCUGGUGAAGUAGUGGCAGUACUGAACACACGGGACAACGACAGCUCACCUGGAAACCGACAAGUCACCUAUCAUAUUACAGGUGGUAACAGAGGUGGGGUGUUCGCUCUCGGGCUGGUUCAGGGCGAGUGGAAACUGUACGUUAAACGCCCGUUAGACCGCGAAGAACAAGAACGGUACGUCAUCAAUGUCACGGCGACAGACGGACUCCACGUUUCAACGGCAGCCGUAGAGGUCAUGGUCAUUGACACCAAUGACAACAGCCCUGUCUGUGAACCGGCCGUGUACUCUGUGUCCGUGUCUGAAGACGUGGCCAUAAAUAAGCAAAUCCUCUGGGUCAGAGCCACAGACGCUGACGCGGGUGCAAACGCACAGAUCCAGUUCUCCCUGUCCGGUUCUGGAGCAGAAGAUUUCAUCAUACACCCACACACAGGCGAGCUGAAGACCGCCGCGGCGCUGGACCGUGAGAAGGUGGCGCAGUACUCUCUUGUUGCUCGUGCGACGGACAGCGGCGGUUUGUGGUGUGAGGCUGAGGUCGUGGUGGUUCUCCUGGACGUGAAUGACAGUCCGCCGAUGUUUAACAUGCCUCAUUACACCGCAAGUGUCCACGAGAACACCGCCACUAAAGCCCUGCUGACCCGAAUACAAGCCAUAGACCCUGAUCUGGGUGUUAAUCGUAAAGUGGUCUAUUCCCUUGUCGAUUCGGCUGACGGGUUCUUCUCCAUUGAUAAAUCAUCUGGGAUUGUUGUUUUGGAGCGUCUGCUGGACCGCGAGGUUCAGUCUUCAUAUCAUAUAACGGUCCGUGCGUCAGAUCAAGGCGUUCCCGUUCGCCUCUCUUCCCUUGCGAACAUAACGAUCACAGUUUUGGACAUUAAUGACAACCCUCCUGUGUUUGAGAGGAGGGACUAUCUGGCCACGCUUCCUGAAGACGUGGCAGUGGGUACAGAAGUGGUACAGGUUUACGCUGCCAGUAAAGAUAUAGGCACCAACGCUGAUAUUUACUACAACAUCCGAUCCGGAAACCAACAGGGCCAUUUCACCAUCAACAUCAACACAGGUGCCAUCUCAGUAUCUCGACCGCUAGACUUCGAGUCCUGCAAGGAUUAUUUCCUUACAGUGGAGGCAACUGAUGGCGGGACUCCGCCCCUUAGUGCUGUUACCAUGGUGAACAUCAACCUGACAGACGUCAAUGACAACGCCCCGGUGUUCAGCCGCGACGCCUACAGAGUGUCCAUCAGCGAGGACGCUAACAUUGGAGACACCGUGGUCAAGGUGACCGCGGAAGACAUGGACAGCCAAGCGAACAGUGACAUCCUGUACUCGAUCAUCAGCGGUGACCGAGAGAACCAGUUCUUCAUCGAGCCAAUCACAGGCCAGAUCAAAGUCAACAAGCAGCUGGAUCGAGAAACGAUGGCUGGUUACUCGUUGUCCAUCAGAGCUCUUGACAGCGGGACGCCUGCGAUGUCUUCAACCGUUCAGGUCAACAUCGACAUCACUGACGUCAACGACAACCCGCCCACCUUCACUCCAGCCAAUCACACUGCGGUUAUACAGGAGAACAAGCCUUUGGGAACAAGCAUCCUACAGCUGUCCGUCAUCGAUAACGACGCCAGCCACAACGGUCCGCCUUUUCAUUUCCAAAUUCUAGCAGGAAAUGAGGGGGCGUGGUUUAAACUGGAUCAAGAGGGGCUGUUGACAUCCAAUCAGGUGUUUCGUAGGUCAGAAGGCACAGAGUAUGUCAUUCACGUACAGGCCAGUGAUUCGGGAAGGCCGCCCCUGUCGUCGAUGGCGAGCGUGCUUGUGCGUGUGAUAGAGGAGAGCGUGCACAAGCCAGUGGCGUCACCUUUACACGUGCACAUCGUGACCAUGGAGGACGAGUUUCCAGGAGGUGUGAUCGGUCAGAUCAACGCCACAGACCAGGACGCCUUUGAUAUUCUCACCUACGGACACACACACCAGCAGAGCAGCCUGUUCAAGGUGAGUCCUCGAGACGGUCGGAUCAUCGCUCUGAGCGGGUUGGACACGGGCCGCUACACUCUCAGCGCUACAGUAACAGACGGCCGCUUCACUGUGAACGUGCCCGUGAGCGUGCACGUGGAGCAGGCCUCGGCCGAGAUGCUCCACGAGGCCGUGACCAUCCGUUUCGACCGCGUCUCCCCUCACGACUUCGUGUCCCGUCACCUCCCCUCGGUCAGACGCGUCCUGUCCAGCGUGAUGGCGACGCCGCGGCCCGACGCUCUGCACGUGCUCAGUGUGCAGCCGGUGGAGUCCACAGGACAGCUGGACCUGCUGGUGGCGGUGGAGACGGUGGACGGCGGUGGGUUCUACAAGGCAGCGCUGGUGACACAGAAGCUGAGCUCGGCACGCAGACAGCUGGACCAGGUUCUGAGAGUCUCAGCGGUUCUGGAUAAGAACUGCUCAGGUCUGGACUGCAGAGAGGCUCAGUGUGAACAAACCAUCACGCUGGACUCACACAGUCUGCUCACAUACAGCUCCACCAAAACCAGCUUCGUGUCGCCCAAGUUCCACAGGAACACACGAUGUGUGUGCAGCGACGGGAGUUGUUCUGCUGCGUCGGAGGUGUGUGCGGACAUGAGAUGUCCCGGUGACAUGCAGUGUGUGGGAACGGACCGCAGCAGGGGGCCGUACGUGUGCCAGUGUCCGCAGGGCAAACUGGGAGAGUGUGCAGGACACACCUCUCUGAGCUUCUCUGGGAACAGUUACAUCAAGUACAGAGUGAUGGAUGGAGAGAGGAGCGGAGAGAUGAAGUUAGCGCUCCGCAUCAGAACGCUGCAGAGCAAGGGAAUCAUUAUGUUCACGCGUGCAGAUCCAUGUAGUGUGCUGAAGGUUGAAGAGGGAAAGCUGUGGUUCCAGCUGGAUUGCGGGAGCAGUCCCAGGAGCAUCGGGAUCUCCGGCCGUCCGGUCAACGACGGGAACUGGCAUCACGUGGUCCUGGAGCUGCGAGGAAACUACAGCAGUCUUUCUCUAGACGACAUGUACGUGGAGCGGCGCCUGGCCACCACCAAACACCGACCUCUGGGAGCAGAUUUGGUUAUUUAUUUCGGAGCGCAGGUGUCGCCUCCGGACGCCCGUGGCUUGACGGAAAGGAAGGGUCCGGGGGUCACCAACGGCUUUCAGGGCUGUUUAGACUCUGUGGUUCUGAACGACAACGAGCUCCCGCUGCAGAACAAGCGCAGCCCGUACGCAGAGGUGGUGGGACUGACCGAUCUCAAGCUGGGAUGUGUUCUGUAUCCGGACGCCUGUGCCGCCCAGCCCUGCCUCAACAGCGCCACCUGCGUCAGCCUGCCGUCUGGAGGUUACUCGUGCAGUUGCAGCGCUCUGUACACCGGAGGACGCUGUGAGACCGAGAUCAGCGUGUGUACGCCGAGCCCGUGUCAGAACGGCGGUGUGUGUAAACCCAUCGGAAACGCAUUCGUCUGCAGCUGCAAGAGAGGAUACACCGGCGCAACCUGUGAAGAGGACGUGAACGAGUGUGAACGCGAGCUGUGUGAGAACGGCGGCGUGUGCGUCAACACUUUCGGCUCGUUCUACUGUAACUGCACGCCGGGUUUCGUGGGAAGCACUUGUUCUGUUCGUCCCGUGGUUGUUCCGAAUAUGCAGGCUGGCCACACCUACGUUGGGAAGGAGGAGCUUAUCGGGAUCGCCGUCGUGCUCUUCCUCAUCCUCACCCUCAUCCUCCUUUUCAUCGCCUUCCGGAAGAAGGUAUUCCAGAAGAGCUAUUCCCGGAAUAAUCUUUCCAUGGUUCAGGAUCCGGCUACGGCUGCCCUGCUGCACAAAGCCAACGGUGGGCACUAUCCACCGCUACGCUGCGCCAUCGGAGAGCCAAUCAGCUUGUACAUGGAAGGAAGUCUUUCGGGUCCUCCUCAGGUCCCCGUCAGGCCGAUGGCAUACACGCCGUGUUUUCCCGGAGACACUCGGGGAACCCUGGAGAGACGGCCAGGUGACGGCCGAGUCAUGGAGCUGACGGAAAUGAGCACUUUCCAUCCAUCGGAGUCGCCGCGGAUUCUGGGCGGGACCAACCGGAGGGGCGUGGUCGUGUGCAGCGUGGCGCCAAAUCUGCCGCCUGUUUCUCCGUGCCGGUCUGACUGUGAUUCCCUACGGAAGAGUCCCUGGGAAGAGGAGGGUAAAGUGGAUUUGCUGGAAGAAGUCACAUGUUUCUCUGGCAGUAACAAGGGCAGCAACUCCGAGGUCCAGUCGCUGAGCUCCUUUCAGUCUGAUUCCUGUGAUGAUAACGCUUCCAUAGUGACGGUAAUUCGGCUGGUCAAUGAUGCAGUCGACACGAUUGAGAAUGAAGUGUCCGUUAUGGAUCAAGGUCAAAACUUCAACAGAGCAUACCACUGGGACACUUCUGAUUGGCUGCCGAGUACACGCCUGCCUGACAUCCAGGAAGUCCCCACCUAUGAGACAGGCGAAGUGGGCGUGGCCUUAGAAUCCGACUAUUACCUCGGUGGAUUCGAUAUUGACAGCGACUACUCACCGCCUCAGGAAGAGGAGUUCAUGUCCCAGGACCAGCUGCCCCCGCCCCUUCCCACAGAGGAAUAUGACACCUCACCCGCCAAUCAACCCGUGUCCAGAGAGAGCACUCUGAGCGGGGACCGCAAGCCCCGCCCACACUUCCACCCCAGCCAAUACCUGCCUCCCCAUCAGCUGCCACUCGGCUGUACGGGGGAGGAGUUUAGCACUUUUACAGGCAGGGAGGAGCGCCUGUCCGUCAACGCCUCCUCUGCCUCUGAUGUUUCCUACGUGCCAUGCGGGUUCGAAGACUCUGAGACAGGAGGAAGUUUGGAUAGUUUGGAAGACGCGCAUAUACACCCACAUACACUGCAAACUGAGGUCUGAUAUGCCACCAGGAACUAAAGACGCAGUUAGUGAUGUUAACAGGAUGUGUUGUCCCACGUAAAA